AUGAUUCCCACGGACUCGGUCGUCAAACUCCUAGCUGCUCAUCAUCCCCUUGGUGGGUUGGGACCCCGCCAACAGGCAGAGCAGCCCGGGAAUCUCCCACGACGUGAGCCCUUCCCCGCCUGGAGUGCCAUCGACGAGGUGAAAAAGACAGCAGUCCAUGAAUAUGAAGCUGCGAGUCAAAAGGCACAGAAUAAGGCCGGCAAGAUCGAGCUUUGGACUCCCAAGUACUAUGCCGCCUGUACUUUUGGUGGUCUUCUUGCUUGUGGUCUUACCCACACGGCUGUUACACCUUUAGAUCUGAUUAAAUGCCGUCGUCAAGUUGACUCCAAGCUUUAUAAGAGCAACAUGCAGGCAUACAGCAAGAUUCGUGCAGCUGAAGGUCUGCGCGGUGUGGUCACUGGCUGGGGUCCUACCUUCUUUGGCUACAGUGCCCAAGGUGCUUUCAAGUAUGGUGGAUACGAGUAUUUUAAGAAAUUCUACAGUGAUCUUGUCGGCCAGGAACAUGCCAGAAAUUACAAGACCUCGAUCUACCUUGUCGCCAGUGCCUCGGCCGAGCUGAUCGCCGACAUAGCCCUCUGCCCAUUUGAAUCCAUCAAAGUACGCAUGCAGACGACUAUUCCCCCAGAUAUCAAGGGGACCUUCAGCGGUAUCUCAGCCGUUGUUGGUAAGGAGGGAGUGUCUGGGCUGUACAAGGGUCUGUACCCACUUUGGGGUCGGCAGAUUCCUUACACUAUGAUGAAGUUUGCAUCGUUCGAGACCAUUGUGGAGAUGAUCUACCAGACUCUGCCGGGACAAAAGUCCGACUACAACAAGGGCGCUCAGACCGCCGUUGCUUUCAGUGGUGGUUACUUGGCGGGUAUUCUCUGUGCUAUGGUGUCGCACCCUGCUGAUGUGAUGGUGAGUAAGCUGAAUGCUAACCGCCAGGCUGGUGAGGCGUUUGGUGCUGCAAUGAGUCGUAUCUAUGGGGAAAUUGGCUUCCGGGGAUUGUGGAACGGUCUGCCGGUCCGUAUCGUCAUGAUCGGUACCCUGACCGGUCUCCAGUGGAUGAUCUAUGAUUCCUUCAAGAUCUUCAUGGGUCUUCCGACUACCGGUGGAGGUGGUGAGCAGAAGAAAAGUCAGUAA